AUGGAUGCCACGCUGCUCCUGAACGUGGAGGGGGUAAAGAAGACCGUUCUGCACGGGGGCACGGGCGACCUCCCCCACCUCAUCACCGGGUCCCGGGUGACCUUUCACUUCCGAACCACAAAGUGCGACCCUGAGCAGACGGUGAUUGACGACAGCAGGCAGGUGGGCCAGCCCAUGCACAUCGUCAUCGGGAACAUGUUCAAGUUGGAGGUCUGGGAGAUCCUGCUGAAGUCCAUGCGGCUCAGGGAGGUGGCCGAGUUCUGGUGCGACACCAUCCACACCGGUGUCUACCCCAUCUUGUCCCGGAGCCUGCGGCAGCUGGCCGAGGGCAAGGACCCCACGGAGUGGCACGUGCACACAUGCGGGCUGGCCAACAUGUUCGCCUACCACACGCUGGGCUACGAGGACCUGGAUGAGCUGCAGAAGGAGCCACAGCCUCUCACCUUCCAGAUUGAGCUGCUGAAGGUGGAGGCCCCCAGCGAGUACGAGAGGGAGACUUGGAACCUGAGCUCCACCGAGAAGAUGCAGGCGGUGCCCAUCCUGCACGGAGAAGGCAACCGGCUCUUCAAGCUGGGCCGCUACGAGGCGGCUUCCACCAAGUACCAGGAGGCCAUCGUCUGCCUGCGGAACCUGCAGACCAAGGAGAAGCCUUGGGAGGUGCAGUGGCUGAAGCUGGAAAAGAUGAUCAGCACCCUGGUCCUCAACUACUGCCAGUGCCUGCUGAGGAAGGGAGAGUACUACGAAGUGCUGGAGCACUCCAGCGACAUCCUCCGCCACCACCCAGGCAUCGCGAAGGCCUACUACGUGCGGGCGCGGGCUCACGCGGCGGUGUGGAACGAGGCGGAGGCCAAGGCGGACCUCCAGAAAGUGCUGGAGCUGGAGCCGUCCAUGCAGAGGGCGGUGCGCCGCGAGCUGCGGCUGCUGGAAAGCCGCCUGGAAGAGAAGCGGGAGGAGGAGCGGCUGCGAUGCAGGAACAUGCUGGGUUAG